AUGCUUUCCCGUAAACUCUUUCAAUCUCAGCCGUCCACGUCAUCACCACAUCUUCAACCUCACCACCACCACCGUCACCGCCACCACAUUCUUAUUCCUCUCCUCGCCGUAACAGCCGUCUUAUUAACCAUCCUCCUCUUCUUCGUCUUCCUCUUCCGCCGCACCCGAAAAAAACGCACCGCUCCAUUCUGCUUCCCCGACGAUAAUCCACCGCACCGGUUCUCCUACUCCCUCCUCCGCCGCGCUACAAACUACUUCUCAGUUCCACUCGGUCACGGCGGCUUUGGCACCGUCUUCUCCGGUACUCUCUCUUCCAAACCGAUCGCUGUUAAGCUCAUGGACAGUUCCUCUCAGCAAGGCGAACGGGAGUUCCACAACGAGCUCUUCUUCUCUUCGAAGCUUCGUUCUCUGUAUAUAGUUCCUCCGUUAGGGUUUUCGUCUGACCCAAAACGGUGCCGUUUUCUACUCGUUUAUCCUCUGAUGCAAAACGGUAAUCUUCAAGACGCGCUUUUGAAGCGUAAGUGCUCUGAACUUUUUAAUUGGAGUAAAAGGUUUGAAAUUGUGUUGGAUAUUGCUAAGGGACUUUGUUAUCUUCACUCUUUUGAUCCUCCUGUUAUACAUGGUGAUAUAAAGCCUAGUAAUAUUCUUUUAGAUUGUGAUUUUGCUGCGAAGAUUGGAGAUUUUGGACUUGCGCGGUUGAAAUCGGAGCCGGUUAGGAUUGAUAUUGAGCUUUUGGAUAUUGAUAGUGAGGAUGAAAUGAAGAAAGGGGAUGGAGAUUUGGAGUGUGGUGGUGUUAGGGUUUUGAUUGAUGAUUGUGGAUCUGUGGAAAGUGUUCAUACUACUUUUUUUGAAGAUGGUACUAAUUUGGGUUUGGAGCAAUCUCCGAUGGCUUCUCCUAUGACGAUGGCUUUGGCAGCGUCGCCGGGGUUUGAUAAGGCUAGUGUGAAGAGUGAGAAGGAUGUUGUUAGUGUUGAGAAUGGUAAGAGGAAUGGGAAAGGGAUAGCGGGUAGUCCGGUUAGGGAUUGGUGGUGGAAACAUGAGAAUGAGGUUGUGGGUUUGACGCCGGUUGGGGAAGGUAAGAAGGUGAAGGAUUAUGUGAUGGAUUGGAUCGGAAGGGAAGUGAAAAGUGAAAAGAGUGAAUUAGUGGAAGAGAAGAUUGAGAAGAUGAAGAUGGAGAAGAACAAGAACAAGAAGCAUAAAUUGGAAUGGUGGGAAUCAAUGGAUGAGGAAAAUGUUGGCGGAGUGAUGAAGGAUAAGAGAAAGUCGGUUAGGGAAUGGUGGAAGGAGGAGUAUUGUGAAGAGGCUGCAAAGGAGAAAAAAAAGAAGAAUAAGAAUAAGAAUAAGAAGAAAAAGGGUGUAGAAAAUGAUGAUGGCAUUAGCGUUGAUGAUAAUUGGUGGAUGAGUGAUGAUACAUUGUAUGGGGAUAGAAAGAAGGAAAAGAGAAGAAGUAGGAAUAAUCGCGGUAGUGUCGAUUGGUGGUUAGACGGGUUCAGUGGCGAGUUAUGGAGAGCACGUAGGAAUAGUUUUGAUUCAGCAAGUGGAGACAUUCCAAAGAGUGGUGGUGUGAGUAGUACACCAAGUAUGAGAGGAACCAUUUGUUAUGUUGCUCCCGAGUAUGGCUAUGGCGAUGAUGUCUCCGAAAAGUGUGAUGUUUAUAGCUUUGGGAUCUUGUUGCUUGUUAUCAUUUCUGGGAGGCGCCCACUUCAAGUAACCGGUUCACCGAUGUCAGAGUUUCAAAGAGCAAAUCUUUUGUCAUGGGCACGCCAUUGUGCAAGAAAUGGUAAGCUUAUUGAGUUGGUUGAUGAAUCUAUUCAGUCAUUGAAUAAGGACCAGGCUCUGAUCUGCAUCAAAGUGGCUUUGCUUUGUUUGCUUAAAUCACCUACUCGGCGUCCUUCAAUGAAGGAGGUUGUCGGGAUGCUAAGCGGAGAGAUGGAACCACCCCAGUUGCCUGUUGAGUAUUCACCUUCAACCCCUUCUCGCUUCCCUUUCAAAUGUAGGAAGAAAGGCCAAGGCCGGUAA